GGACGACUGUGGGAGUACAAGGUGAUAAAGCACAAAUGUGUUAAAUCACAAAUAAGUAAGUUUGACAUCUCCUAGGGUGUAUUCCCUGGUGCUGAGAGCUGUGAUAAGCUAGUUCUUGUCUUGCACUGCUGGCUGAAAACAACCUAAGGAUUAACAGUAAUUAUAAAACUUCCAAAUAUCUGCUUUAUGUUUAGGCCUACAUUAUUUUGCUAAAGCCUUAUUCCAUGUAUACUUUUAAAUAGUGCAAGUAUUUAAAUAUUGCAAGUCUAAAAAUCUUUCAUGACUUAAAGAUUGUGCAGUUGAUUCUUCCCUAUGUCCACAGUGUAUGUCAAGUGCUGACAAAAUGAAGUACUAAAGUUGCAUCCUUACUGUGCAAAUCCACGGAAAAUCCACUGCACAAAUCAGCUUCUAUUAGUAGGACAUGUUUAUAAUCAUCCAGAUGUAUCUGCAUAGAUAGUUUUGGCACUUUUAUCUUUUUUACUUCAAUAUGGCUUUACAAGUUCAUGCAUGAAGAUAGCUAUAAAGCAGCUGAAGAAUGGAAAAUACCUGUUAAAAAUCAAAUAUGACAUGUUCAUCCUGGACAGGAAUGUGCUUCUUGGUUAUACAACUAUCGGUCUGUAUUUAACUGCAUUUACAAGAUUUGUCUUGUUACCUUCUUGGGAGUUCACAGGUUAUUUGACACUCCCUUGGGCUAUAAAUUAUGGGCACAUGCCUACUGAAGGGUGAUUUAUUAUUUAAAUAAAAAAAUUUACAUCCUACAUCUAGCUGGAAAGAGGCUUCUUUGUGCACUGAGCUUUUAAAUUGUGAGCAGCCAGGUACUUACAACUUCCACUUUCUCGGAUCGUUUUGCUCAAGGAUCUCGCCAUGAAGAGCAUUGCCCUUCUUUUCCUAGUAGUGACCUGUGGCGUGGCAGGAUGGGGACAGAAACUGAAGCCAAAAAAGAGAAGCAAUGGUGAAGAAAUCAAUUUUCGGACUAAAACCAAAGACGUCUGCACAAUGAGCAUGAGUGGGGAUGAGGAGAUGAAACUAAGAAUCGAAUGCAAAAGCCAAGGCAAGUCCUACUGGUGUGAAUACACCGGCAAGCCGUCAGUCUGUCGACCUUUCCGAAACAAUCCCAAACUCUACUGGAACCAGAUUGCCGUGGAACUUAGAAAGCUCCCUCAUGCUUGCGAAUCCACACAAGUGUUGAAGGCCACCAUGUGCCAAAAGGCUCCUGCAGAUGCUCUCAUGAAGCAAAUAGGUGCUGGUAUGGAGCCAGAAGACCUAGAAAAUCAGGACAAGCCAGUCCAGAAAACUUCAGCCUCUGUGAGGGGAGCAGGGAAAAGCUCUGUUAAGAAAAUAGGGAAGCCUGCAAUACUGCCUCUUAUAAAACCAACACAACACGGACAAGGGUCUGAAAAUGAAACUGAAGCAAUGAAACUGGCACGGGAACAUUGCUGGGAAUCUCUGCAUGGUUUCUGCUCCUACAUUAUUGGCAUCUUUAGAGGUUAAGGAUUGGCUUCAGGUAAAACUCCAUCUGGAAGCACAGCAGAGUAUACCGAAAAGUAAUCCUGUUGUAGCUGUGUUUAUUUUUGUGUUAAUCCUGGGGAUCUCUCAAGGGGAUGGACAGGGAGGCUUUAGGGUCACUAACUAAAAUCUGAAGUUGGCAAGUCAGUGAUAUUAUAACUUCUGAGUGUCUGGACAGCCUAAACUCCCAUUGCUAUCCGAUAGUUCAGGGCUCCCUGGCAGCCUCAUAUGAGGAGUUCAUUAUGUACUGAGAUGCUGGUUAUAUCUGCUGAUAACAAAUAGUGAGCAUCACUUGUAUUUUUCCUGUUAGAAUGCAUGUCUGAAUCC